AUGGGUUCAGAUGUUGAAGAGAUAGCACGUGAGGAACAGGAUGUACCUACUUAUGCAGCAUCUAUACCAGUACCAAAUGUUCAGGAAAUGGUGAAAGGGGACCCUUCACACAUUCCUGAAAGAUACGUUAGGAACCAAGAAGACAUGCCCAAAACCACUUACAUGAAAUCUCUCUCCUCCAAAAUUCCUGUGAUUGACUUAUCACUCCUCUCAAAUGGUCACGAGGAAGAGCUCAAGAAACUGGAUCAGGCAUUGAAAGAGUGGGGCUUCUUUCAGGUGGUUAAUCAUGGAGUGUCAGAAAGAGUGUUGCAGGGUAUGAAAAAUGCUGCAGCAGGAUUUUUCAAUCUCCCAUUAGAUGAGAAGAAUAAGUUUUCAAUGCCCUCCAAUGACAUACAAUGCAAGGGUAUGGGCAUGCUUAUGUGGUCUCUGAAGAGCAGAAGCUAG